AUGGCUGCGCUUGCCGCGCAAGCCGUCUCCGCCGCUGCGGCCGCUGCACUGCCGGCUUUCCCGCCGUCGCAUCCGCGCGCUUCACUAGCAGCCAGGAUCACGCCGCUGCGGAUAGGAGGGGCGGGGAAGCGCGGCUGUAGCAAUGGCGGCGGUAGCCGCGCGGGGAGGAGGGGUGGAGCUGUGGUUGCGCUGGCUGCUCCGCCUGAAGCCGUGACUGCGAUCGUGGAGAGCGGAGCUGCGACCAUGGUGUCAGCUGCUGAUUGGACGAGCCACCUCGUGCUCGCCACGCUCAACACAGCUGCCACGCUGGCAUCCGACGGGCCAAUAGAAUUGCCCCCCGUGUCUGGCGUGCCCGCUUAUCUGGAAGACCCAUGGGCCAUUCCCGAGGUCUCUCCAUUGCAAUCUUUCGCCAGUAUACUGCUGACGGGAACUAUCGGUGUGCUGUUGUUCCGGGCUAUCAAGAGACGAGCAAGCAAGGUCACAGAAUCACGCUUCCGGUCAGACUCGGUGGAGAAGCUCUCGUCCAAUCCGGUGGUGGAGGAGCGGAGGCGUCGGGCGGCAGAGGAAGCGGCAGAAGCAGCCAAGCGGCCGCCACCCACGGUGCUGAACACGCUGGGCGGCGCACUGGUGGCGGGAUCGAUCGCAAUCGUGCUGUACAAGUUUGCCACGUCCGUUGAUGAUGUGUUUGCCGGCCAGACCCUUUCCACCACUUAUACGGUUCGGAACCUCUCCAUUGCUGUCAGGACCAUAGUAUCGGGCCUUGUAUGGCUUGGCACAUUCAUCUUUGCUCUCAAUUCCCUCGGUCUCACGCUCUACGCCUUUCAACUGGCGCUGGGUAUGGACUCCCCUAAAGACAGCCCCGUUAGUGGGACUGGGAGUCAGGCAGAUACAGUGGGAUCCAAAGAUAGCGAGUCUAAGGAGGCAGAGGUUUCGGUUGGGGGCGAGGAGAAAAAGCCAAUGGGUUUUGGAGCCCAAGCGCAAUCCGAACCAGCGCCGCCAGCACCAGCAGGACCAGAACUAGCCGAUCCAGCAUCAGCCAAUCAGGCCGCCGUCGUUCCGCCAGCACAUCAGACGGCCGUCCAGACGGCUGUCCAGGCAGCCGGCCAGCCGGCAGUGCAAUCGACGGACGAGGUGCUUCUGGGGAGAGUGGUGGAGAUAGCGGCGGAGCUCAGCCGUCAGAUGCAGGAGGAGCAGGCGCUGCAGCAAUCCCAGGGAGCAAUUCUUGGAGAGCAGUCGCCACCCUUCCCUCCUCCCGUCCCCCCUCCAUCCGUCCCCUCUCCUCCCUUCCCCCCUCCACCGCCCCCCCCUCCCGCUCCGCUCCUCCCACCUCCUUCUCAAGCCCAAGCAGCGGGGGUAGGAAACACUGCAGGAGCGGACGAGGUGCUUAUAGGGAGAGUGGCCGCGAUAGAGGAACAGCUGAUGCUGCAGCUUGCAGGGGCUAGUGACGAGGAGGGGAAGAGGGAAACUGGAGGAGAGGAAUCAGAAAAGCACAAGUUCUCCUUCGAGCCAGGCAAGGCCAAGGUCCGACACUACGACCGUCUGGUGUCCCUCAUGUACCCCUUGGGCAUUGCAUUCUACCACGUCGUCAUAGAGCUCUUCUCCUUUGAACCCGGCAAGGCCAGGGUUCGUCACUACGACCGUCUGGUGUCCCUCAUGUACCCUCUGGGCAUCGCAUUCUAUCACGUGCUCAUAGAGCUCGUGCCUCACCUCUUCGUGCUCUCCCCGCUGCUGCGCGACAACCCCUCCAUCCCCAUCGCAAUCGCCUCGCAUCAGCCAGUGUACCAGGCCUGUGGUCGCUCCGCGCCUGCCAUGUGGGGGGAGCUGCGGCGUCGCUUCCUGCUGCCCCCCAACGGUCUUCCCCUCUUCCGCCCAGGCCUUGUCCCCCGCCACAAUCACACCUACUUCCCACCUUCACCUGCUGCUGAUCCCACCACCGCCCUCGUUCCACCAACCAUGCCUGAUUUACCAAUCGGCUCCACCGAUGGCGCCAGCAGCAGCACAAGCAGCUCGCUUCCUGUGCCAGCUGGUAGUAGCGACAUGGACGUGCCGCUGUGGACUGACGCGCAGACCGCCCGCCUGCCGUACAGCUGGCGCGCCGUGAUUGCGCACCGGCGCGGCGCCAUGCGCCACCUGGCGGCUUUUGAUUCGCUCGUGGCGGAGAUGAAGCGAGUGUUCCCGCCGCAGCGGGUGUUUGUGUUUGAAGGCGAUCUGCCGAUAUUGCAAGCCAAGCUCCUCUUCAACAGAGCAGCAGUGUAUGUGGGUCUGCACGGAGCGGGCCUCUCCAACAUGAUCUUCAUGCCCUCCAAUUCCUCUGUCUUUGAGAUUCGACCUCGGGAUUAUCCCAACCCCUGCUACCACCACUUAUCCAUGGCCACGCAACAGAGAUACUACCUGGUGUUCGGAAACGGGACUAAGGAUUCGGAGUUGAGGUAUAAUAUGAGCGAGGUGGUGAAUGUUUUGGUGAUGAUAGCGGAUCAGACUAAAAGGAGGGUGCCAGCGAGUUCUUGGGAGGCGGAGGAAGUAGGUUCGGCUUUGGAUGAGUUAAAAGAGAGUGAUUAUAUGGAUGUGAUGCUAGAUGAUGCUGGAAGUGGGAAUCCUGAGCCAGAUUUGACAAACUUAUAA